GCUUCAUUGGUUUGUGCCUCACAAAUUUUUUCUGUAUGUUAAUUCUUGGUAUAUUGUUUCUCUCAUGAAAUGCUUCUGGUAGCUAAAGUAGGUUGUGCAUAAUGCAGUAUGCUAGCACAGAACUUAAGGCUGGUUUUAGAUUGUCAUCAGGUAAAACAGGGGGAUCAAAAUGAUUUUCUUGCAGUAAUUUAGUCUGUUGAAUUCACAUCGUCAUGAACUGGAAGGUCUAACUGAUUGUAAAUUGAUCCCAAGAUGUGAAAGCAACCUACAAAACAAUCAGUUGUUGAAGAAAAGGUCAAACAAAAGAAUUCACAUGCUUGAGGUGUUAAACAAAUAUAUAAAGCUAGUGCACGAAAGACCUAAUGUACUGAAGAUUUGACAGAAAUAAUUUGCUUCUCUGGUUCCCUAUGCUCAUGGAGAAAUUGCUUGCACUCAUUGUUGUUCUUGUCAUACUUCUUAGCUUAGCUCUGUUCUACUUGUGCAACAUCCUAUGGCUGAGGGCUGUGAAGAUAAGGAAGAAGUUGAGGAGGCAAGGCAUAAGGGGUCCCAAGCCUACUUUUCUCUAUGGCAACACCAAGGAGAUCAAAAGAAUCCGACAAGAACUCAAACUUUCACAGAAGCAAGGCACCAACAACUUCAUCUCCACCCUCUUCCCACACUUCCUCCUUUGGCGGGAAACUUAUGGCCCAGUGUUCCUAUACUCAACAGGAGCUAUGGAGAUACUACAAGUUUCUCACCCAGAUAUGGUGAAGGAUAUAGGCCGGUGGACACCAUCAGAGCUUGGUAAGCCUAAUUAUCUAAAGAAAUCUCGCAAGGCCCUCUUUGGAGGAGGUUUAUUUACAGAGAAUGGUGAUGAAUGGGCCUAUCAGAGGAAGAUAAUUGCACCAGAGUUCUUCAUGGAUAAGAUUAAGGGUAUGAUACAGCUAAUUGAGGAUGCAACCGUUCCAGUGUUAGAAGCAUGGGAGGAUAUGAUUGACGAUGAGGGAGGGUGUAGGGAAAUAGUUGUCGAUGAUUACUUGCGGAACUUGUCAGCAGAUGUAAUUGCCAGGGCUUGCUUUGGGAGUAGCUUCACAAAAGGAGAAGAAAUAUUUUGCAAGCUUAGGCAGCUCCAAAAAGCAAUUGCUCGGCAAGAUUCGUUUGUUGGUCUGUCUGCACUGUGGAAAUACCUGCCAACCAAGAGCAGCCAAGAAAUACAGAUGCUGGAUGAACAAGUCCGGUUACUGAUCCUGGAUGUCGCAAAGGAACAACACCACUACCAAGACUCACACAACAGUCUUGUCAACGCCAUCAUUGAUGGUGCGCAGGAUGGUCGCAGCGCUGCAGAGGCCGAGGACUUCAUCGUCGGAAACUGUAAGACCAUCUACUUCGGAGGCCACGAGAGCACGGCGGUCACCGCCAUCUGGUGCCUGAUGCUACUCGCCACGCACCCGGAAUGGCAGGAACGCGCCCGGGCUGAGGCAAUGGAGGUUUGCCGGGGAAGGUCGACAUUGGACGUCGACGCCCUUCGCCGGUUAAAGAUUGUGACGAUGGUGAUCCAGGAGACGCUUCGGCUGUACCCGCCGGCGUCGGUGAUGAUGCGGGAGGCCCUGACGGACGUGAAGCUCGGCAGCAUCGAGGUGCCUCGCGGCACCAUCGUGCAGGUGCCCAGGCUGAUGCUGCACCUGGACAAGGAAGCCUGGGGCGCCGACGCCGACGAGUUCCGGCCGGACCGGUUCGCGAACGGCGUGGCGGCGGCGUGCAGGGCGGCGCACAUGUAUGUGCCGUUCGGGCACGGGCCCAGGACGUGCAUCGGGCAGAACCUGGCAAUGGCGGAGCUGAAGGUGGUGCUGGCCAGGCUGCUGACAAAGUUCGCCUUCUCGCCGUCGCCGAGGUACCGUCACUCGCCGGCGUUCAGGCUGACCAUUGAACCCGGGUUCGGCUUGCCACUCAUGGUGACAAAGCUGCCAUGAGUUAGCUCUGUUACUGACCCAAUCGAUUCAUCUCAGCUCCCCUAUUCUGGGUGUAUGGCCAUGGCCACAGACAGCAAUGCUUGUUAAUUAAGCUCCUGUUUUGAGAUGAAGUUGUUAAGCACUCUCUAAGCUCGUUGAACCCAAUUAAGGGUUUUAUAAUGGGAGAAUUUUCAGUAUAUGCCAUCGAAUUCGCACUA